AUAUAAAUAUUUCUAGUGUUUAUCUUUAGUGAUCAGAUGAUGAAUGGUGAAGAGAAGAAGAAGAUUACCAUAAUUGAUCAUGAUAAAGUCACCGUCUGUGACACACAAGUAAUUAUUCCCAUUAAUACGCUGCAAAAAUCCAUAGACAUGGCUGAAGAAAUAACUACACCAAGCAGCAGCAAACAAUGGAGGAAAUCGAAUCUUUUCUUGGAGAUACCUUCUAGAACAUUGGAACAAGAGUUUGUUCAAAUUAAGAUGCCAACUCCCACCCCCAAACGAGUCAACUUUAACCUAACUCCAAACUCAACCAGGGUUAACAAAUCAUCAUCCAUCACAAGUAUCCUCCCAAAGCUGAGCAGCUUCAAGAACAACCCAGAGUUAGUUUCCUCAACCAUGGUUACACAAGAUAAACCAUCGUCCUCGUCCGUUUCUCGUUCGUGGCGAAUUUUUACGCCUCGAACGAAGAUGACGUCAUCCUUGCCUGUAACCCCGGUUACACAUUCGAACCCGGACUCUGUUCGUGAUGUAAGUGAGCUAUUCAAAAAUUGCUUUAUCUUAUUAAUUGGUUUAACUUAUGCUUCGAUUCAGUUCGCCCUCAUUGUUCUCUUUGCUCAUAUUUUCUACAACUUGCUUCAUGUUCAACCAGUUUUAUCGAUUCUUCUGUCGACUUUCGCUGGUUUUGGUGUGGCGAUUAGUGCAAGUUCGAUUCUCGUGGAGGCCGUGAGAUGGAGGAGAAGAAGAGAAGGUGUUAGAAUUCGGAACGAGAUGAAUAGCCAGAUAACUUUGAAUCCUAGUCCGGAAAGUCCGUAAACUUCUAGAGGAAGUUAGAAUUCGGAGAGUAGUAAAAGGGAGUUAUUGCAUAUUUCUGCGAUUAGUAGCAUAUAUACCGUGUGUUUGGUCGUUGAGUUAUGUUGUACUAAACUAAUACUCGAUAAAUUAAUAACACCGAUUAAA